UUAACAAAUAGAAGAAUAGGAAAAUGAAAGGCCAAGGUUGAAGUAGCAAGUCAUCAUGGGCCAUAUGAAGUAGAUAGAAAUGUCUAUAAAAAUGGUAGUUUCAUAUGAACUAGACAAGAGUAUAGUUAUCUUAUUCGCACCUCCAUUCUUGAGAACAUUUCUCCUCAAUUUAUAAAGAGAGAUUUGUGGUGUUAAAGAUGACUAUGGAAGAGGGCAAGGAGGAAUACACACAAGAUGGAACUGUGAGUCUUAAAGGGAAACCUCUUCUUAGAUCCAAAACUGGUGGUUGGAAAGCUUGCUCCUUUGUCGUUGUGUAUGAAGUAUUCGAAAGAAUGGCUUAUUAUGGAAUAUCAUCAAAUUUGAUACUCUACCUAACAAAGAAGCUACACCAAGGCACAGUGAUUGCUUCAAACAAUGUUACCAAUUGGGUUGGGACCAUUUGGAUCACACCAAUACUAGGUGCAUACGUUGCUGAUGCUCACCUUGGCCGUUUUUGGACUUUUCUCAUUGCAUCUACCAUUUAUCUUUCGGGCAUGUCUCUCCUUACACUAACAGUGUCCCUUCCAAGCUUAAAGCCACCUCAAUGCUUUGAAACAGAUGUUACAAAAUGCAAAAAAGCCUCAACAUUACAAUUAGCAAUGUUCUAUGGUUCACUUUACACUCUAGCAAUAGGAACAGGUGGAACCAAACCCAACAUCUCCACCAUUGGUGCUGACCAAUUUGAUGAUUUUCAUCCUAAAGAAAAGUAUCGCAAGCUCUCAUUUUUCAAUUGGUGGAUGUUCAGCAUCUUCUUUGGAACCCUUUUUGCAAACACUGUUUUAGUUUAUAUUCAAGAUAAUGUAGGGUGGACUCUUGGAUAUGCUUUACCAACUUUAGGACUAGCAAUAUCAAUCAUGAUAUUCUUGACAGGAACACCUUUCUAUAGACAUAAAUUGCCUUCAGGGAGUACCUUCACUAGAAUGGCUAGGGUUAUAGUGGCUGCUUUAAGAAAACGGAAAGUGCCUAUUCCUCAUGACCCUAAAGAACUAUAUGAACUUGAUAUGGCUGAGUAUGCAAAGAAAGGAAGUUACAGAAUUGAUUCCACUCCAACAUUGAGGUUCCUAGACAAGGCAAGUGUGAAAACAGGGUCAAGCACUAGUCCAUGGAUGUUAUGUACUGUUACACAUGUAGAGGAGACAAAACAAAUGCUAAGGAUGAUUCCUAUCUUGGUUGCUACAUUUGUUCCUAGUACAAUGGUGGCUCAGAUAAACACCCUUUUUGUAAAACAAGGAACAACUCUUGACAGACACGUUGGAAGCUUCAAAAUUCCACCAGCAAGUUUAGCUGCAUUCGUCACUCUAUCCUUGCUUGUAUGUGUAGUGCUCUAUGACCGUUUCUUUGUCAAGAUUAUGCAAAAGUUCACCAAGAAUCCUAGAGGGAUUACCCUUCUUCAAAGAAUGGGAAUUGGUCUUGUUAUCCACACAAUUAUUAUGGUUAUUGCAUCAGGAACAGAAAGUUAUAGACUUAGAGUUGCAAAAGAACAUGGGGUAGUUGAGAGUGGAGGUCAAGUCCCUCUAAGCAUAUUCAUUUUGCUUCCUCAGUUUAUACUUAUGGGAACAGCUGAUGCGUUUUUAGAGGUUUCAAAAAUCGAGUUUUUCUAUGAUCAGGCACCAGAAAGCAUGAAGAGCGUUGGAACUUCAUACUCCUCAACUACCUUAGGCAUUGGAAAUUUCAUCAGUUCAUUCCUUCUAUCAACAGUAUCACACAUAACUAAAAAAAAUGGUCACAAAGGGUGGAUUUUGAACAAUCUGAAUGAGUCUCAUCUUGAUUACUACUAUGCUUUCUUCGCACUGUUAAACUUCUUAAACUUAAUCUUUUUUGCUAUUGUUACAAGGUUCUAUGUAUAUAGGGUUGAAGUUUCAGAUUCCAUACAAGUACUUGCCAAGGAACUGAAGGAAAAGAAAAUGUCUAAUCAUGUGAACCUUAUAGAAUAGCCUAUUGGAUCUUUAUACGAAGAAUGUUUAUGAUCCAAAAUUGUUGUAUGUUUCUUCUUUGUUGAAGAACUAAAGGAAGGAUAAUAGCCAUCUUACUUAUAAUGUAGUUUGCUCCAUAAUCUAGACACUUGACUAGCUGUUAAUUGUCACAACCAUACAAAAAGUUGUCAUGAUUCAUGAAA